UGACAGAUAUCAGUACAGUAGGCUGCUAUCGCACGGAGGUUUCCGGAGUUGAGCUUGAUCGGUCUGUCAUUCCAUCGCGCAAUGAAGGAUCAAAACUACUCCGAAGAAGUUACAAAAAUACUGGAGGAGGCCCCUUCUGCUCGCAAAGCACUUUUAGACAACUACAACAAUUUAUACAAAGUAGCGGACUACUGCGAGAGCAACUACCUGCAGUCUGGAAAUGACCCCACCAAAGCCCUGGAGGAGACCAAGGCCUUCACUACUCAGUCCUUGGCUAGUGUGGCUUAUCAGAUUAGCUCUAUGGCCACCAAUGUGCUCAAGCUUCUGGAUGCACAGACCCUGCAGCUCCGCAAGAUAGAGUCCUCCAUCAACCAGAUCGAACAGACAGUGGACAUGCACAGGGAGAAGGUGGCCCGCAGAGAGAUCGGCGCUUUCACCGUUGCCAAGAGGGUUCCACGCAGUCAUAAGAUUGUACCCCCAGCAAAAAAUAAAGAAGCCAAGAUCAAAUACUCCCGCGCACCCAUCUCUUUCUCUAGCCUGGACUCAGUUGGCCAUGGCAUGAAGGAUUCUGGCCAGCCGCAGUUAAAAACAGCUACCAUGACACGGAGCGGCAGCACGCUGAGUCGAGGCAGCCGUCCACCCGAGCCUGUCCAGUGUCCUGUGGCACCCACUCUCUCUCAUGGAGCGUCCCUUACCUCACUUAAUGACAAGUCUAUUGCUUCGAGCUUCAGUAAAGCCGUGCCGCCUCCUGUAGUGCCCAGCUGGCCCGCCAGCCCUGAUGUUGACAUCAUCAGCACGCUGCUGGAUGAAGGACCACCCCCUCCACCCCCACUGAUGGAGGCAGAGGGCGAACAAGAUCAUGGACAGGAGACUGGUCUACCCCUACCUCUACCUCCACCACCUCCUCCCCUUGACUGUACCAACAUCCCCUUGCCCCCUCCAGUGAAUACACCUGAGCCCAGCAGCCUGAUGACAAUACCACCUCCUCCACCAGCUCCACCUCUUGAAACAGUGGCCGAGGAGAAUGGAUUUCCUCUACCAGAAGCUCCCAGUGACAUGCCUCCUCCACCAGUCCCUGAUGGCCGUGAUCUUCCGACCCCACCGCCUCUGCCGUGUGACGAGAACAUUGAAGCUCUGCACUCUCGCCGCUCACGGGUGCGACGUCAUCCUCCUAGCUCUCGCUCGCUGUCUCUGAGGGUCCGCAUGGGCCCCAGCGCUCGCUCGCUGUACACGCGCUCGCUUUUUCUGCCUUCUGCUCAAUCACUCAUGAUACCCCCACCCCCUCCAUACCCACCUCCUCUGGCUCCGCCUGCUUCAUUCAGCCCAUUGUGCAGGAUCCCUGCUCGGCUGGAGCACCUGGACCUUGAGAUUCCAGCACCGCCCCCAUCGCCACCACUAGAAUAUUUCGACAACUUUGAGGAAUUGCCCCCUCUACCUCCCCCCAUUGAUUAUGACAUAACUGCACCAGCCGACUAUUUGGAGAAAGUGGUGGCACUAUAUAACUGCAACACAGGCAAGCCAGGUGACCUGGUGUUUCAGGAGGGCGAUAUCAUCUACCUCACCAGCAGGAAUGAGGAUGGCUGGUGUGAGGGCGUUCUCAAUGGAGUAAAGGGAUAUUUUCCUGGCAACUAUGUGGAAUCCACCGCUUAACUGGCCAUAAGAAGCCAGAAUGUCAGUGAAUGAAUUAUUGAGACCUAAGACACCUUGUAUUCGCAUUUCUAAAGUGAAACAGUGGAAUCAGCUGUAUGAUUGGAGCUGCUGAAAUGCUUUUAUGUUUCAGUUUUAAAACAUUCCAAAUGUAAUUAACAUGCCGACUGAUUUCAGCCGAGAUGAGUUUGUAUUAUAAAGUUUACUUUGGUCUUAAAUAAUGAUGAUUAUAAUUGAUUUCUCAGGACUUUAAGUUAUAAUCUUAACGUACAACAUAUUAAGAAAUGUUUUUUGUACAUUUAGCUGUAUUAGAUAAGUUCACAAAGUCGUGGAGAAUAGUCAAUGGUUAUUUGUUAAUUCUGUAAACAUUUUCAGUGUUUGUUUGAAUAGGCUAUUGUGCAGAGUAAAUAAUGAAAUAAUAUAUAUGUAUAAUAUAUUAUAAUGCAGAUUCCUAAUUACAAACCUUUAUUACUCAUGAUAAGUUACAUCUAAUUGAUAACAUUUUCUUGAUUCCCUUGCAAAUACAGUAUUUUCCCCAAACAUGUUAUGCUCUAGUUUGUGAAUUAAAUGUUAAUGUACACCACAAUGGCACAAUUCAGUCACAAUUUUUUAUGAUACCAAGUUACCAUUUACAGUCCAUAGAAUAAAUAAACUGUUAACGUUAAUGUCUGGGAAUGAAGUUAAAAUUGUUUUAUGUCAAUUAUAAACAUGCACUCUUUUUGCACCUUAUACAAAGUUCGUUUGACAUGUUUAUUUUACAUUCUUGCAUUUAGUUAUCCAAAGUCAUUUACAAAAGAGAAAACAAAAGCAGUUUGUCAAGGAGCCAACAAAAUGUAUGAUAUACAAUGGCAGGUUUAUUUGACUAGAUUAGGAGUUCAUUCAUGGGGAACUGGCUCAUCAGCA